AUGGACGCGGCCCAAUCCGCAGGCGCGCAGCUCGUGAUCCUCACGGUCAAGCACCACGACGGGUUCUGCCUGUGGCCCUCGGCCUACACCAAUUUCUCCGUGGCUAGCAGCUCUUGGCGAGGAGGGAAGGGGGAUGUGGUGGCCGAGUUCGUGGCCGCCGCCAGGGAGCGUGGAUUGGACGUGGGCUUUUACCUCUCGCCAUGGGAUUUGCACGAGAGCUGCUAUGGCGACACUCUUCUCUACAACGAGUUCUACCGAGAGCUUCUUACUGGAUAUGGGCCGAUCUCCGAGGUGUGGCUGGAUGGUGCGAAAUCACCCACUGCAGUGAACAUGAGCUACGAUUUUGAGCUCUGGUUUGACACGAUUCAUCCCCGGUGCAAACAUCUUUUCAGAUGCUAG